CCUGCUUCUGCAAAGACUUCCUCUAAGUAAUAUGGAAGCCACGCUACCAAAUUUUCACCGGCUGUCGACUUCGAGGUUCUACCAACAGUAUGCUGCCCCGCCAGUCCGAAUAUCCACCAACUAUCUUCACGACCUGAUCCCUCAACAGCAUCCAACUCUUCUCCAGCAAUAUUUAGCCUAUUACAAUGAACCUCUCGUCCCACUUGACUUGUCCCUUAAAUCUACUAUCCCUAUUACACCUCCUUGCACACCUCCGCCGGCCCAAAAAAGAAAAUCUCCAGAUGAAACCAAACAUCCGAAAUCACCCAAAAUAUUCAGACAUUUCGAGGACAAUGAUACCAAAGACGAAACUGAUUCCAAAUCGGAGAAAAGGAAAGCCGACGACGAAAACUCAAACGACAGCGACAGUCCGGAGGCGAAAAAGCUUAAAUUCACCAAACAAUUUUUUGAAGAGCUCAAAACUUGUUUACCGGCUGAAAAUGAUACACCAACAAAAAGCGAAAGAAGUUCUCCGGAAGUUGUUGAAGUCAAAGAUGUUGAGGAACGUCCGAAAAAAUCGGGGAAACCUGCACAACCGCUAAAAAAGAGCAAAGCGGUGCGGAGGUUGAUGUUCGAUGAAGACAAGACAUCACCCGUCUCCGGAACGAUUAUAAGAGAUCUGGCGGAAGAUGAGACUUUAGUUGUUCGCAAGGGUGACAUAGACCCGGCAUUUAAUGUCGUAGAAGUCACAGAAGAAGCCAAAGCGCUGAUAGCCAGCAUCGAGAAUCGUCUGGGUCGUUAUAUCUGCAGACUUUGCCGACGGCUGUACAGCGACGCCUUCGCGUUGGCCCAGCACCGAUGCUCCAGGAUCGUGCAUAUCGAAUACCGGUGUCCGGAGUGUGAUAAGGUGUUCAACUGCCCCGCGAACCUAGCGUCCCACCGCCGCUGGCACAAGCCUCGCGUGCCCGGCACCACAAAACGCCGCGACCCACCAACAUCAGAGCCGGGCCGGUUCCCUUGCCAGCAGUGUGGCAAGCUGUUUAGACGGCAAGCGUACUUGAGGAAGCAUAUGCUGGCACAUGAGCCUGAGGAGAAAGAACCGUCGGCGUUCAAGCAAGUGCGGACUGAGUUCCCGGCGGCGUAUCAACCGCAGGAAUCCCGCGACAACAACUUCAACACCUUCUGGAACAAGAUUCCCGCCCCAGCGCAAGACUUCAACUGGGAACGUCGAUACGCAUCCUCGUGUUCCUCCGAAGAUUCCCGAAGCCUUGACGUCACGGGGUCAGAGGAUGAAGAUGGCGGCGGGGACGGCUGACGAAAAGUGCUGCGGCCUGUGCCGCGGUUCCCAGUCUUGACUAACAUGUACCCGUACCAGUAUGUACAUGAUAAUCCGCAGAUGUACUUUUCUUAAGGACUUGAAAUUUUCUGAAUACACGAUUCGAGGGACAGACUUGAA